AUGCUUUUUGCAACCAUUUUGGUUUUUAUAUCUUUUAUCGCUUACAAAAUUUAUCAAAAAACUAAAGUACCCGAAGGACUUGAAGAUGUACCAACUAUAAGUUAUUUUGGAAUUUUUAAAUCUAUGUUCUAUAAUGAAGGCCCUGACAAACGUUGGGAAGAUUCACGACAAGUUCUUGAGAAAUAUGGAAUUGGAAAAUUUUGGUUCCAUGGAGAAUGGUAUGUCGUUACUACUGAUUUGGAACUUAUAAAAGAUGUAUUUGCGAAAACAGAUUUAUAUCCUAAAUUAUCGCUCGAAGAAGCGUUUCCCGGAUCUUUAAUGACUAGUUACUUCGGCACAAACGUAGUAUUUUCCAACGGAGAUGUUUGGAAACGUCAUCGUUUUAUUACAAAUCCUGCGUUUAAAAGUAUACCCAUGCAAUUAUUUGAUGACAUUACUGUGAAAUUGCUGAAGGUCAUCGAAAAGGUUGAUAAUGAACCCAUAGAGGUAAAAGAUCUUAUGGAUAGGCUGAUUUUAGACGUACUUGGAAGAAUUGCUUUCAAAUUUGAUUUUAAUUAUCUUGAAGAUCCAACAAAUGUUCUUGUUACUACAUAUAAAGAAGCGAUAGCGGAAGUUAAUAACCCAUUAUAUUUUCUUUUCCCAUUCAUUGAAAAUAUCCCUUAUUUUUAUCGUACUGAAGCACGAAAAAAAGUUGCAAAGAUUCAUGAUUUAUUUAGUGGACUUAUUGAAGAGAGACGUAAAUCUAUGGAAACGGACGAAUUGAGUAAAAAAAUAGACAAUAAUUCCGCUGAUUUAUUAGAAUGUAUGAUAAACGCUUCUAAGAAUCCAAAAUAUCACAUGUCAGACGAAGAAAUGCGAUAUAAUCUUUCAACAUUUAUGAUAGCUGGUCAUGAGACUACUGCAACUGCUUUGACAACCGUAUUAUAUGUCUUAGCAACCCACAAGGAUGUGCAAAGCAAAGUUCGUGAGGAAUUAUUACGCGUUCUUGGCGAUAAUUUAAUCCCGACCAUCGAACAACAAAAAGAAUUAAAAUAUAUGAACAUGGUUUUACAUGAAAAUUUAAGAUUAUAUCCUCCGAUUCAUCAACUACCACGAAGAGAAAAUGCAGAGAUAAUCAAGUUUCGAAAUCAUACAUUUUUGCUAAAUACACCUAUAUUAGUAAAUAUUUAUGGAGUUCAUCAUUCACCAAAAUAUUGGAAGGAUCCUGAAGAAUUUAUUCCUGAAAGAUUUGAGAAUGAAAAUGAUGAAAAACGCGAUCAAAAUACUUGGUUACCUUUUGGUGGUGGUUCAAGAAUAUGUUUAGGUAACACAGUUACACUUAUUGAAGAAAGAGUGAUGUUGUGUACUAUAUUGAGAAAAUAUGAGGUGUCUUUACCAGCAGAUAGUAUUCAUAAAGAUAAACUACAACUUGAUAAAUUUAAUGAUUCAUUUACGGGACUGAAAGCAUUACACUUGAUAUUUAAAAGAACAACAAAUUAA